GAAGUAACGAGUUGACACACCGUUAAAGGCAGCUAUAUGUUAUUAAACACCACUGUUUGCGUUUUAAAUAAACACACUUUGUAUUAGUGUGUGUGUUGUGCACGCGGGUUAUGAGGGCGCGGGACGGAGCUGCUCCAACCCGCGGCAGCUGCUGAGCCAGUGUGAAUCAUCUAUAUGGGCCAUCUUCUCUCAACAAAUGGCCUCCGCUUGAAGAAGAGACCGCAGACUCUGCGCAAGAAGAAGAAGAAGAGGAGGAGCUGCUUUCUUCGGGGCCCGUGCAUGCUCUGCUUCUUCAUCCGUGGCAGCAGCAGCAGCAGCAGCAGCAGUGACGGCUUCGAGGCUGACUGCAAUUCUGACCCCAGACUGGCCAAGCUGAGCUCGCCUGAGGACUGCGCCAAGUUCCUACUCUCUCCUGCCGAGUUGGCAGUGUGGGAGUGCCAGGGCCGGAGCCUGCUCUCCUCAGUGCCAGCCAGGCUCAUUGGACCACCAGCGCUCUUCUGUCCAGACUACUCGGAGAUGGUUUGCAAGCGCAAGAGCGGCGAGCCGCAGCCGUUGGCUUCGUGCAAGCAGCCGCGCUGCACUUCCCAGGAAGCAACAGAGAGCGAAGAGGAUGAGAAGAAUGCCACUCAGUCACUACUGCCCCAGCUCUGCCCACUGCCUUCCUCGUCUUCGUCUUCCUUCUCAGAGGAGCCAGAGAUCUCAGUGGUGGGAAUUCAGGUGGACUCAGGUCAUAGCCUAAGCAAUGACAAGACCGCUGAUAUCUCCUCUUCCACUUCCUCCUCUUGCCUUCUUACCCAUAGUAGUGUGGCAGAGGAGGGCAAGAGUGCUGAGAUCAUGGACAUGUCCCGAAUCAACCAUCUACCCUCGUCCAUCCUACUCAAGGUUUUCUCCCACUUGUCAGUGAAGGAGCGUUGUCUUAGUGCCUCCCUGGUCUGCAAGUACUGGCGUGACCUUUGCUUAGACUUCCAGUUCUGGAAGCAAAUCGAUCUCAGCGGCCUCAGACAAGUAAGAGAUGACCUUCUCGUGAAGAUUGCAUCCUGGAAACAAAAUGUGACGGAACUGAACAUCUCUGACUGCCGGAACGUUGAAGACUAUGGUGUAUGCACUCUAGCCUCUCAGUGUCCAGGUCUGCUGAAAUACACAGCCUACCGUUGCAAACAGCUCAGUGAUGCAUCUCUUUGUGCUGUGGCCUGGCAUUGCCCAUUGCUUCAGAAAGUGCACGUGGGAAACCAGGACAAGCUGAGCGAUCAUGCCCUCAAACAGUUGGGAGAGCAUUGUCCAGAGCUAAAGGAUGUACAUUUUGGACAGUGCUACAACGUCAGUGAUGAGGGCCUGAUAGCGCUGGCAAAGGGUUGCCCAAAACUGCAGAGGAUUUACAUGCAAGAAAACAAACUGGUAACUGACAGAUCAGUGCAGGCGUUUGCAGAACACUGUCCAGAGCUGCAGUUUGUGGGCUUCAUGGGCUGCUCGGUCACUUCACAGGGAGUUAUACACCUCACCAGGCUGCGGAAUCUGAGUAGUCUCGAUCUCAGGCACAUCUCUGAGCUGAACAACGAGACAGUGAUGGAGGUGGUGAGAAAUUGCCGGAACCUCAGCUCCCUCAACCUCUGCCUCAAUUGGAGCAUCAACGAUCGAUGUGUGGAAAUCAUUGCCAAAGAAGGAAAAAGUCUGAAAGAGCUAUACUUGGUUUCCUGCAAGAUCACAGACUAUGCAUUGAUAGCCAUUGGGCAGUACAGCAGCACCAUAGAGACAGUAGACGCAGGAUGGUGUAAAGAAAUUACAGACCAAGGAGCCACACAGAUCGCUAAGAGCAGCAAGUCGCUACGCUACCUGGGCCUGAUGAGGUGUGAUAAGGUGAGCGAGGAGACAGUGGAGAGACUGGUCCUGCAGUACCCGCACAUCGUGUUCAGCACAGUGAUGCAGGACUGUAAGCGAACUCUGGAGCGGGCCUAUCAGAUGGGCUGGAGCCCAAACACUUCCACUGCAUCCUAGCUAACACACACACACACACACACACACACACACCUAUACAGUCAUAUCAAUAAAGAUGAACUGCUGGUUGCCUUCCUUGUCAGCACAGCUGGUCGGUUUUCAGAGCAUUAACAUUGUACAGGUACAGUUUAAUUGGCGCUAGUAUCAAUUUCUAUGUUUUACUUUAUUAUACAAAGUUCAUUUUUUUUCUUUGGAAAACUAUUAUCAUAAGCAGAUGUUAAUAUUUCCAGACUUCAGUCAUCCAAAACAAACAUCUUGCAAGCACAUGCUCAUCCUUUUUCAUGCAGCUCUGUGCAAUCCCAGAAUUAGAUGAAAAGUAUCAAAUAGAUUAAUAGUUCAUCUUUUGAGAGUUUUGGUGGUGUUCAUCACAACAACUCGUGUACUGUUUAACACCUACCAUAUUCUUCCAGAGAUUUAGCCCGUAAUUAAUAGAAAUGUCACCUUGAAGUUUACUAACAGUAAUCAAAUAAUUACUUGACUAAACAGAUUUUUUUUUUUAAAUAUAUAUAUAUAUAUAAUGUGUUGAACACUUUUUUUUCUGUUAUUGUAGAAGAAACCAGGUUCUUAAUUGUGGACUUCACUCAUUAUGAAUAUGGUACCUUUUAUGGUACAUGUGUUUCAGAGUGUUUCAGUAGAGUGAAGUAGGCAUCCUCGUCACAUAUAAAUCUGAUUCAGCCUAAAUAGUUAAAGCAGAAUAUUGGAUUUAUGAUAUAUCCAGGAUUAUCAGGAGUGUUAUGGAAACGAUUCUAUGUGUUAUGUUAAAAGUUUUUAUCCUUUCUUUUCGAAUAUAAUUAGUUUACACCUUGUGAUAUUGUAAACUGUGGUUUAAAGUUUGUUUUGGCUGUUAUUUGAGAACUUUGAGGGGGAGCAGGGAGUUCCUCAGUAUGGAAUUUUGCAUAACCUUUUAUUAAUUAUAGUGCUGUCAGGCGCCUGUAUUUGCCUGCUACCUGACUGAGAUAUGUGGAAUGAUAAAACCCUUCCAUGUAAAAGUAGAGAGUUUAGGAUUUAUUAACCCCCACCCUCACCCCCCACCCAUUUCUAUUGUUAGCCUGUGAUAUACUCUUAUGAAAAAGAAAAACAACAACAACAAAAAACACCAGGGUAUUUUCCUAUUGUGUAAGAAAUAGCUGCGGCCAGUUCUUGUAGCUGUUCCACUGCAUUAUGUUCUAAGGAGAACCACAGGUCUUAGUUACUGUUUUCCUUUGCUGUUUUUAGGGAUUAGAGUCAAUUAUUUUUAAUCCAGCAUAGGCUCCUGGACUGUUCGAAUCUAAGUGUGUAUGUUCUCUUCAUGAGUGUGUGUGAAGCCAGAUUUGAAUGAGUUAUUAAAUGAUUUGAAUGAAAUAAGGAAUAAAACCCUUUCCUUGUGUA